CCCAACCCCACGUCCCCACCCCAGUAGCAGCAGGAUGAGUAUUAUAUAUACACACUAGUGUGCUUCAAUUGGCGGAAGAAAAGGAGAGGAGAAGCGAAGCAAAAGCAAAGCAGCAGGCCUCAAGAACAAGCGCCCGCCCACCCCCACUUAUUAGAUUCCCAUCUCGUGUUCCUCUGUGGUCUGUGCUGCUGCAGGCAGGGGAGGAGACCGGCGAAAGGGGAGCUAGAGGAAGAUGGCCGGCGCACUGCAGCCGCCGCCCCAGCUGCUGCCGCUGCUGCUUGCACUCCUCCUCGUCUCUGCUGCCGCCCCUCAGGUUGUUGGAGUGGGGGUCGGAGACAACUCCCUGAGAAUCAUCCAGGAGGAUAUUAUUGAGACAGUCAACAACCAUCCCAGUGCUGGGUGGACAGCCUCACGUAAUCCUUACUUUUCAAACUAUACCAUUGCGCAAUUUAAGCACAUACUUGGAGUGAAACCAGCACCAAAGAAUGUACUCAGUGAUGUUCCUGUCAAAACUUAUCCAAGAUCACUGGAACUUCCAAAAGAGUUUGAUGCUAGAUCUGUGUGGUCCCGUUGCAGCACAAUUGGGAACAUACUUGAUCAAGGUCAUUGUGGCUCUUGUUGGGCUUUUGGUGCUGUGGAGUGCCUCCAGGACCGUUUUUGCAUUCACUUCAACACGAGCAUUUUACUUUCAGUCAAUGACCUACUGGCAUGCUGUGGUUUUAUGUGCGGCGAUGGGUGUGAUGGAGGCUAUCCUAUAAUGGCAUGGCACUACUUUGUUCAAAAUGGUGUUGUUACUGAUGAGUGUGAUCCAUACUUUGAUCAGGUCGGUUGCAAGCAUCCUGGAUGUGAACCUGCUUAUGAUACACCUAAGUGUGAAAAGAAAUGCAAGGUGCAGAACCAAGUUUGGCAGGAAAAGAAGCAUUUUAGCAUUGAUGCGUAUAGAAUAAAUUCAGAUCCACAUGACAUAAUGGCAGAGGUCUACAUAAAUGGUCCUGUAGAAGUCGCUUUCACAGUUUACGAGGAUUUCGCACACUACAAAUCUGGAGUAUACAAGCACAUCACCGGUGGCAUUAUGGGUGGCCAUGCCGUCAAGUUGAUUGGAUGGGGAACCAGUGAUGCUGGAGAGGAUUACUGGCUUCUUGCAAAUCAGUGGAAUAGGGGCUGGGGCGAUGAUGGUUACUUCAAGAUCAUAAGGGGCACAAAUGAAUGUGGCAUCGAGGAGGACGUUGUUGCUGGAAUGCCAUCUACAAAGAAUAUGGUUCCAAACUUCGGCAGUGCAGUUGGAACAGCUGUAGUUUAACAAUUACGUUUGGCCUCAAAUGCUGUUGGAAUUAACUGAAGUAUUUUUAAAAUGGAAUUGUUAAAGAGCCAAUAUGGUGUAUGUAGUUUGUACACUAGCUCAUUCCAAAGGUCGUUAUGUUGCUGAUGCCACAUCACUUUGUUCAGAGAUGGUGGAAUAACAUUAAUAAGAACUAGAAUAUGAAUAUUAUGGUUUCAAGUCCAACCAAAUUUGUGCUCAGAUGAUAUCUGGCCGCCAAACCUUGUAAAAAUCUCUGUUGUAAAAUAAAAAAUCAAGUCGAGGGAAAGUACACUGCAAUGCAAUGUCUGCAAUCAGUUCAUUU